AUGAAGGACAUACCAGCGGAUGAUGACGUGCAAUUGGCCGCCCUUGGGCAUAGACCCGAGCUGAAGCGGAAUUUUUCAAUGCUGUCAAUGUUAGGGCUUGCUUUUGCCAUUCUGAAUUCAUGGACAGCUCUAUCAUCCAGUCUAAACCUUAGUCUUGGGUCUGGCGGCUGUGCCAGUGUUGUAUGGGGCCUGGUUACGGCCGGUAUUUGCAAUGUUUCCAUUGCCGCGUCGCUUGCAGAAUUCCUCUCUGCUUAUCCUACCGCUGGCGGACAGUAUCAUUGGGUUGCAGUUUCAUGGCACAGAUGGAUGCCAGCCCUAUCAUGGAUUACAGGCUGGGCGAAUGUCUCUGGCUGGCUGGCUUUAACAGCUACUGGUGGGCUGCUAGGAAGCACUCUCAUUAUGGGCAUUGUUUCUCUGGUUUACCCGUUAUUUGAGUUCCAAAAAUGGCACCAGUUUCUUCUAUACAUCGGAAUUAACGUUAUUGCGUUCGUCAUCAAUGCCUUUAUGGGAUCCAUCCUCCCGCAUGUCACCAAAGGUGCCUUCAUCUGGUCUCUCAGUGGGUUCGUUAUAAUCUCUAUCACGGUUCUCUCAUGCGCAUCGCCAAACUACCAUACUGGAGAAUUCGUAUUUUCCGAGUUCAUCAACCAAACAGGCUGGCCUGAUGGUAUUGCUUGGCUUCUUGGGCUGCUGCAAGGUGGUCUCGGUCUCACUGGAUUUGAUGGUGUUGCCCACAUGAUUGAAGAAAUCCCAAACCCCUCCGUGGUCGGACCUAGGAUCAUGAUCGGAUGCGUUUUCAUCGGUAUUUUCACCGGGUUGAUCUUCCUGAUCGUCUUGCUUUUCGUUGCAGGAGACAUCAAUCAGGUCAUUGAGUCUGCCGCAACACCUCUCCUGCAGAUAUUCUAUGAUGCGACGAAAAGCAACGCAGGAUCGAUCUGUCUUCUUAUGUUUCCACUCGUUUGCCUUGUCUUUGCGGCCACCGCCAUUAUGGCUACAAGCAGCCGUAUGAACUAUGCAUUUGCGAGAGACGGCGGGCUGCCUGCCUCACCUUUCUUCAGCAAAGUCCACACAAAACUUGGCGUCCCUCUUAAUGGCCUGUUUCUGACAUUCUUCUGUGUCGUCAUAUUCGGAUGCAUUUUUCUUGGCUCCUCAAGUGCAUUCAACGCCAUUAUUUCUUCAUCAGUUGUCAUGCUUGAUAUUUCAUAUGGCCUCCCGAUUGCAGUAAACUGCGUCCGUGGCAGACAGAUGCUCCCUGAAAGAGCAUUCGUUCUACCGCACACUCUCGGCUGGAUCGUGAACAUGAUUGCCCUUGCAUAUAUAGCGCUGACUACUGUGCUUUUCAUGUUCCCUCCGGAGUUGCCGGUGACGGGCAGCAGUAUGAACUACUGUGUUGCUGCAUUUGGAAUCAUCGUGAUUGUAUCAACCAUCCAAUGGAUCGUUGAUGGCCGAAAGAACUUUACUGGGCCACGCGUGGAUACAGAAGUAUUGGCCGCGGUGGGCGGUGCCCCAAGUAUUGACGAAGGUACUACUGAACAUCGGGAGGAUAAAUAA